GGGGGUGGGGGGUGGUUACGGGUGGGAAAAUUGGAACAAAUUUUUGUAAUUAUAUGAUGGGUAGCAGUGAUGAAUCUGGUGAAUUAGAAAAAAUGGAGGCGAUGAUGAUACAAAUAGGAUCAUAUAGAGAGAAGGUUAGGGUGUUGAGGGACGACGGUGAAGAAUCUGCUGCCGAGGAAAUAAUGUUACUGUGGGGAAUACAGCAGCCUACUCUUUCCGCACCCAAUUCUUUCGUCUCUCAAUCCUCUCUUCAGCUUCGCAUUGAUGCCUGUGGUCACUCUCUUUCCAUUCUCCAGUCCCCUUCUUCUCUGGGCAAACCUGGAGUAACUGGUUCAGUGAUGUGGGAUAGCGGGGUUAUAUUGGGGAAGUUCUUGGAGCAUGCUGUGGACUCCAAGAUGCUUAUACUUCAAGGAAAGAAGAUUGUCGAGUUGGGAGCUGGCUGUGGAUUGGUAGGCUGCAUUGCAGCUUUUUUGGGUGCUCAAGUUACGCUUACCGAUCUGCCUGAUAGAUUGAGACUACUGAGAAAGAACAUUGAAGCUAAUCUGACACAUGGAAAUGUGCGGGGCUCUGCAGUUGUGAAAGAGCUCAUAUGGGGUGAUGAGCCUGAAUCGGAUUUGAUUGAGCUGUUACCUGACUACAUUCUAGGGUCAGAUAUCGUCUACAGUGAAGGAGCUGUAGUGGAUUUGUUGGACACAUUAACGCAAUUAAGUGGAACCCAAACAACAAUUUUUUUGGCUGGAGAGCUUCGAAAUGAUGCUAUUCUUGAGUACUUCUUGGAGGCUGCAAUGAAGGAUUUUGUGAUUGGCCGUGUGGAGCAGUCACAGUGGCAUCCAGAUUAUAGCAGCCACCGGGUAGUUCUGUAUGUCCUGGUAAAGAAAGUGAAAUAGAAUCAAAGCUCAUAUGGGGAAGUCACAUGUCCUUGUUUAUGUACAUUUAUGUGGUAGCAGCAUUUGUAGUCCUCUUCCAAGUACACUAUUUAAAGUUGGGAACUUCUCUUCAUGACCUGCGGUUCUGUUUCUCAAUUUUACAACUUAUGAUGUUUCUUUUCA